AUGUCCGACUCACGCUCCGGACCGGUCUCACUCGCACGAUAUCGACCUAUCCUUUACCUCUUCACUGGUGUUGCUGCUGCUUAUGCAAUCCUUUAUGUUCACAGCAGCGUCACUGCACAACCAUCUUCAACUCCCCUCCGACGUCGAAAUGCUGUGCGCCGCAGCAGACCAACAGAGGCCGAGGAGCUUCGAGUUGCUAAUACACCAUCCUUCCGAGCCAUCGCCCACCUUGAACAACUAGAGCGCCAGAAUGGUGUCUACGGGACGUUUCGUAUUGAGACGGAGGAUGGGCGUCGCGUGGAGAGCGGUCUUCUUCCAUCGCUCCUCGCAACCCGCGACCAGCUGAUGCAGGAAGUUGGUGUUCCGCCUGCCCAUGCAGAGCGCAUGCGGGAAAUGAUGGAGGAUACAUUUCUUGAAUCGUUCCUUGCGCUUGAUUUUCCCUCAGCGCACAUUCUCCCGGAGGAUUCACCAGAACGGAUAUACUUGACGGAGCAACUCCAACGCCGGGGUAUAUCCCGAGCUGGCAUUGAAAGGGCUCUGAUCCGGUUUAACGCAGAUGUAAACUACGGGGACGAUCUGCGUCGCCGACGACAGAAUGGUGAACGAGUCACCCUGUCAACCUCUACCUUUCCAGACGUAUCUGGGACGCCGCAAAACGUCGACGGUGGAGAAACGGUGGACGAUCAGAGUGUCUUCUCGUGGCGUGACGGUAAUAACGGUCCUUCCAACCAGGGAGGUCAAAACCUCCUCAACUUGCUCUAUUACAUCGCCGAGGAUCAGGCCCGAAGAGACGGCUACAUCCACCGUGGAGUCACCUGCAACAGCUGUGGCGCCAUGCCCAUUCAGGGCAUCAGAUACCGAUGUGCCAAUUGCAUUGAUUACGAUCUGUGUGAGACGUGCGAGGCCAUGCAAGUCCACAUCAAGACGCAUUUAUUCUACAAGGUUCGGAUUCCAGCCCCAUUCUUAGGGAAUCCUCGUCAACCCCAGCCUGUAUGGUAUCCAGGGAAGCCUGCAGCUCUCCCGCGCAGUCUUCCACGACCUCUUGCCAAUCGUCUGAUGAAAGAGUGCAAUUUUGAGAACACAGAGCUUGAUGCACUCUGGGAUCAGUUCCGCUGUUUGGCCAACUACGAGUGGGCGGAUGACCCGAACAAGUUGCAUAUGGCCAUCGAUCGCAAAACAUUCGACCGAUGCUUUGUACCUAAUACAUCGAUCCGGCCGCCGCCUCCCAGUCUCAUUUACGACCGAAUGUUCGCGUUUUACGACACCAAUGGUGACAACCUCAUCGGAUUCGAAGAGUUUUUGAAAGGCUUGGCCAGUCUCAACAAUACAACUAAUGACGAAAGGCUGCGACGCGUAUUCCGUGGUUAUGAUAUCGAUGGAGAUGGUUUCGUCGAGCGCAAGGACUUCCUUCGGGUCUUCAGGGCAUACUAUGCGCUGAGCCGAGAGCUUACCAGAGACAUAAUUGCUGGCAUGGAGGAUGAUUACUCGGAAAACGUCCCCCGCAAUGUUGUUCUUGGAAGUCAGCCCAUCAGUGCUGCGUUUACUAGUAAUAUUCCCCAGGGUGAGCGCUCUCGCACAGCCGAGGGCAAGGGCAUGAAUGCCGAGGGAGACAUGGUGAUUGUCGAUAAUGAAGGGGUUCUGCGACAGGACGGCGAUGAUACUGCUGAUCGGCAUGCGGUUGUGGGUGAUGCCGCUGUCAGGGCACAAUUUGGCCGGCACCGGCCAGUGUUCUCAACUACAUCACGCCUGGCCCCCGGCGACACUCUUCCCCGCCAGUCUGACGCCGGAGAAGAUGCUCAAAAUGAAAACGACGAAAAUGUUGAAGACGGUGCUAGCGAGACCAGUGAAUCGGACCAGUCGAGUUCAUCAGUUGCCAGCGGCACUUGGCCCCCAGCUGAACAUGUUCUUGAGGAAGAUAUCAUUGAAGCCCUUGGCAUCUAUGUUCCUCCUCAAGACAUCACGGAUCCAAUUGAGCAGGCUCGCGUUGCCGAUGCUGUCUACCGCAGAAUGCGGGAGGAUGAUCAGAGGCGAAUUCUCGACGCUCGUCGGCGUGGAAUUGACGAGCGUUGGAGACGGCGAGCUUUCUACACAGAUGAAGAAGAUGGUGCCACUACUCCGGAGGGCUACGAGCGCGAUCCAGCCAUCGAUGGCUAUAGCGAUGACGACGAGCCGGAAUUUCACCCGCUCUCUCCUCGUUCGCGGUCUUCGUCCAAAGUGCGAUUCCAGGAUGAUCUCAACGACGAAGACGACUACGACAUGCGGUCCAACCCAUCAACCUCGUCGCGAAGUAUUCCCGUGGGCGAACGAUGGGGUGGCUUUGAAAUCCCAGAAGCCGAAAGAGACGUUGGGAAGGAAAUCCUGUAUCAGGUCACCCAGCAAGGUUUCAACGAGCUUCUUGAUAUUCUCUUCAAGCCGAGAGAAGACCUUUUGAUGGAGGUUUAUCGUACACGGGCUGAUCGCAAGAUCUGGGCCCGCGAAAUCGAACUCGCUGUCGCAAGGGCGGAGGUUCCCUCGAAGUCCUCACCGAAGAUAAAUGCUCCUCCUGAGGAGGAACUAGAGGGUAUCAUCAGCGAACAGCCACUCGAUGAUCUGUUACAGCGCGCUGGUUAUGCAAUUGCGAGCCCAGUUCUAGCACCCGCUGACACCCGGCGAGAGCUAGUUUCUCCAUCGCCCGAGGCCAUCGCCUCGGAUGACGAUGUGCAGCCGACUCAUCUCGCAGAUCCAGCGAGUGAUACCGGACUUGGACAAGCGCAUCCCUUUGAAGAAUCGGACACGGCGUCCUUCGCCUCCGAUCACGAGGACAGUCUCACUGUCUCACAAGUGUCUGAAGCUAGAGUCCAAGACGAUACAUCUUACUACGAUCCAACCCUCCCACACCAUCGUCCUGACACAGAAACCCCUUGCCUCGUGUCUUCCCUUCCGCAGUCAAUCGUGACAGCCCCAGAAGCAUCGGUUGAAACCGAAUCUAGUCCGAGCGAGUCACUAGCCAACAGCAACAUUCCCGAUUUCCCCGUUCAACUUCAACUCCAACCCGACAUUUCAUCUCUUCCGCCAACCUCUCCUCACUCCUUCCCAGAUGCUGAAACUACAGCCCCUAAGCUUCCUCCCUCUCCUAUGCAGCCACUUCCGGCCCCUCGCCGGGUCGAGGACCAGGCUGCGGAAACGGAAACACCGGCCCCGCGUCGGCCUUCGCUCCAGACUCUGGCCCGCUGGGCCUAUCUCGAUCAGGUAGAGCGUGAAGCCAAGCAACGCGGCGGCAACGGUGCAAGACUUAACUUUGAAGAGUUCUCGCGUCGCAUGGCUGCUGAUCGGGGCCGUCGACUGACAUUCGUGUCUAGUUGGAUUGAGUUGGCUAGCUUUUGA